GCACACGCCAUGGUAUCGAUCAUCUCUUAACGCUGUGGCGUAGCGCGCGCAACGGUCAAUGUCGAUAAACCUGGCAUCUUCGUCACUCGCUUGCAGGCAGGUAUCAUUAGACAUCCACUGUUGGUUGGCGUGGUUAAGCGCCAGGCUAAAGCAACGUUGACUCAGCUGUACCUCGACUCGUCUUUUAAGGAAACAAGUUGAGGAAUCGACAUGGCAACCAUCAUGGAUGAAAUGGAUACUUUUCCAUUACUACAACAGCAAGGUGGUAGCAAUAGACCAGCGCCGGUUUUCCAUUCAGCAAAUUCACGUUUCAGCGGCUCUUCGCAUUAUGAUCGCGACGAUCUCGAGUUGCGUCCUGUGGAACCAGUUUCUAUAUUGCACAAGUCUGCUUUUCGGCCUCCGCCGCCAUCUUCAAACCCUAGCAUGGCUACUUUUCAGGGAUCGAUAGAUGAGCCUGAACCCGAGGCUGAGCAGCCGGAAAAUAACCAAGAGCUUGAGAAUUUGAAUGAAGAUGAUUUCGUUACAGUUGAUAUUUCGUUUCUGGAAGGACCGGAUGCUAGGCAUCAGGAUGCGCUUCCUAUCAAAGCCCCGCAGGUUGAUUCAACCAUACCACCCAAAACAGGCGAAAUGGUCGUACACAACACUGCGCGAGAAUACGGACAGCAUCUCGCCAAUCAGAAAAAUAUGAUUGUCGCUGUCAAAGAAGCCACUGCUAUCCCGGCUGUAGAUUUGAGUAGCCUAGAAGGAUCCGAACGGCGCGCAUCAACAUUCAAAACUGCUUCUGUUGAUGAAGAAGCGAGUUUUUUCUAUCCGGCAGACCCUGAGAAACCAGAUUGGAAACCAUUCUCGAUGACUUCUCCUUAUUUAUUCAUGCUUAUCACUGUUUCUCUAGGCCUAGCAGGCGUACAGGAAUAUCUCUAUCAGCAAUCCAAAUCUCUCGAAUCACAGGGAAAAGGACUAAUACAAUUCAACAACGUAGCCGAAAUCCCGAUUCCGCAAUUCUUUGCCUGGAAAUAUCUCCCGACUAUAGUCAUGGUUACAUACGGCGUGCUGUGGCAGAUCAUGGAAUACAACGUCAAAAGACUCGAACCAUACUACCAACUCUCUCAACCAACAGGCAACAUUGCCUCGAAAUCAUUGAAUCUCGACUACACCACAUUAUUCAGCUACUUUGUCCCCUAUAAAGCCGUGCGAAACCGCCACUGGACGGUGCUUGUCGCCUCCGUCGGCGCCGUAUUAGCAACCACAGCCGCACCGUCCCUUCAAAACGCCUCGAUAAGACCAAUCCAUAACCCAAAUUGUUCCGAAAAGGAAAAGUGCCAAGGCCAAUUUGAGCAAUUCGUGCAUAUUGACGCGACAUGGUCGAGACUCGUCUCUGUUUGUCUGGGUCUGGUAGCUGUCAUGGCGUUGGUUUUGGUGUUUCAACUUCGACGAAAGUCUGGAUUGUUGAGUGAUCCCAAGGGGAUCGCGGGGAUAGCGUCUAUGGCGACCAAAUCGCAUAUUCUGAAUGAUUUUCAGGGUAUGGAUACCGCUACGGACGAUGAUAUACAUAAACGUCUACGACAUAGGCGAUACGUGCUGUAUAAAUCGAGUAUUUGGCAAGGGGAAUAUAUCAAAUAUACCGAAGAACAUACCGAUCAACCAUUUUCAACUGCCUCGCCACAUCCAAUUGCACUUCGACGUUUGCCUGGGAUCGUGUUUUUGAUAUACCUGACAUUUCUUGUCGCCGCUAUCCCCGUCGUGACGUACACAAAUGCGAACGUGGUAGCAGUCAAACUCCCCUGGCUCCCAGUCUUACUGGCCGUUAUCGCAAAACAGAUCUGGACUGCACUAGAAUUCGCAGUCAAAAUGCUAGAACCAUUCUACGCUUUAUCGCAGGGGAACGCUCGUCCUGAAAACACGCUCACCUUAGACUAUCAGGGUAUACCCUACGGCGUCCUCCCAUUUCAAGCUCUACUAAACAAACACUACCUCGUCUCGUUGAUUGGCAUCGGGUCAAUCCUCAGCGACGUGUUAACAGUAACAUCAUCCUCACUAUCCAUCAAAGAUGAAACCGAAGAAUCCUUCAUGACCUCUUCCGCCAUCUCCACCGUCGUCGUGUUUUUCUUGCUUUGUUCCGCGGCUUUGGCCCUAGUCUGUCGACGGCAUUACUUCGUACCCCGACCACCGUCAACGAUCGCCUCGAUCCUAGCGUUUGUGCAUCAGUCGCACAUGUUAGAUGAUUUUGUGAAUACGGAGAGGUUUAGUAGUGAUCAGAUGAGGGCUAUGCUGGUGGCGAAGAAUAAGAGGUAUGGACUGGGAUGGUUUCGGGGGAGGGAUGAGAAGUUGCAUUGUGGUGUGGAUGAGGAGCCGAUGUUGAGUAGGUAUGUGCAUGGGAUUAGUUACAAAGACGCUCAGGCAGGGCCGUGGGAUUCGAAUUUGUAUAAUCCGUAA